AGCUAGUUGUUACUCAUCUCUCAAGGGCCAUACACACUUCCCCAACUCCCACCCUAAAUUCGGCCUAAUCACAUUCAAUCCCUACUCCCACUUCAUCCCUUUUCCUAUCAACCAUGUCAAACCGAUCCUGAAGCAUGUCCCAUGAAGAACUUGUGGCCUCAAACGCUGCUUUACAAGCUCAAGUGGAGUACCUAGCCAAGGAAGUGGCUAAGCUCACAAAGCAAAAGAUAUCCAUGCUACGAGAUAGUGAAGAUGAAGAGGAAUCUAGCUCUAGUGCCACCAUGAGAGCUAGGGCUCACGAAAAGUCAUAUUCUGACUUCAAAGUUGAUAUUCCAAUCUUUGAAGGAAAGAAUGACCCGGAUGAAUUUCUUGAGUGGUUAGAGACGGUGGAACGAGUCUUUGAUUUCAAAGAAGUCUCCGACGACAAGAAGCUCAAGAUUGUGGCCUUAAAAUUCCGCAAGUACGCCUCCACUUGGUGGACGAACAUCUGCACCAAACGGAUUCCAAGUGAGAAGCCUCCCGUUGACUCAUGGCAAAAGAUGAGGAGUCCUUGAAGAAGAAGUUCCUACCCACUGAAUAUUCCCGAGAGAACUUUGCUAAGCUUCAAAUGCUUAGGCAAGCCAACUAGGGGGGACAAAGGGAAAGGAUAAUGUGUGGUACUUUGGCUGCAUAUAUGAGGAUUUAUUUGGUGGUUAAAGGGUUAAGAAAGUACCAUGUUUCUCCUGGAAUUUUAUGGUUGUUUAGUGGGUUGUACUAGGGAACAUAGUAGGGACCAUGUUGGGUGGAUGUUGGAAGAUGAAUGGGGCUGUUUUGGUUUCCUAUUGUGACCUGGGAUUAAAAUAGAUAGAAGAUA